AUCUACAUCUUCAGGAACAACUUUAGCCCGCUUUUCAAUGACGCUGCGGAGUGCAGGAAAUUUUUAUAGAAAGUCUGUCUUCUGACCCCGCUGGGGCCGAGUCCGCCUCCGCAACCAUGAACAAAGAAGCACCGCUCUCAAUUGCCGAGCGCGACUUCAUCCUCAAUGCUCUGCGUGAGGAUGUAAGACUCGAUGGCCGCAAGGCCGACGAAUUUCGCCCCUUAAAUGUAUCGUUUGGCGAAGAAUACGGGCAUGUGAAGGUGCAGCUUGGCAAGACCAGCCUUGUUGUCCGCAUCUCAUCGGAAGUUACAAAACCCCAUGAUGACCGUCCAUUCGAUGGCGUCUUUACUAUUGCCAUGGAGCUGACCGCUAUGGGCUCUCCGGCUUGGGAAAAUGGCCGACAGGGAGACCUUGAAUCGUAUGUUUCCAACGUUCUAGAUAGGGUUAUCCGUCAUUCGAACGCCCUUGAUACGGAAUCACUUUGCGUCUUGAAGGGUGUCAGCUGCUGGACUGUUCGGGCAGAUGUGCAUGUCACAGACUAUGACGGCAAUCUGAUCGAUGCGGCCUGUAUUGGAAUAAUGGCAGGUCUUCAGCAUUUUCGUCGGCCGGAUGCCGUCGUCAAAGACGGUCAGGUGAUCGUCUACAGUGUCGACGAACGGGUGCCAGUCGCAUUGAAUAUUACACAUAAGCCAUUGUCGAUUACCUUCCAUACGUUUGACGAGGGCAAGCGGGUCAUCCUCGAUGCUACCCGGAAGGAAGAGCAAGCUUCGGAAGCGGACGUGGUAAUAGGGUUGAACAAUGCGGGCGAUGUGUGUUACAUCUCGAAGUUCUCUGGAUCCCCGGUUGACGCCAUGGUGUUCGUGAAUAAAUCAUCCGUUGCACUUGAAAAAGUGAAGGAGAUCAACGGCAUCAUCGACAAGGCGCUGCAAAGUGACCUCGCGAAACGAUCUAAAGGCAGCCUCUUGGAGGAGUCCAGAGCAGCGAACGAUCGGUAGACUUUGAACUGUUCAUGAAUUUACUCUAUCUUUUGAAACCCAGCCAAUAUACUCAAGAUUCGGUGUAUUCUAGAUAGCAAACAACGGAGUCUAUUUUGUGACCUUGGUCACGAGACGAAUGUGUCGAGGAGUACACUUGUUCUACGAACAGUUGGGUCCUUGUAGCCCACCGCUGAGUUAGGAAAAAGGGUGUCUCGCGACAAUCCAUGCACAUCACAACUUAAGCAUAAUGCCCCUGAACAAAUUAACAGCUACUUGAGGCUUUAGAGCGAUAAAUUGUAGCUCUUGCGAGCAGAUCGGCUUCUUGAGAGAGCUUUCGAGUAGUGGAGCACUUAUUGCUAAAGAUGUUUAGAUCUACGAAUCCUUACAGUAGCU